AUGAAACGAUAUCUUCCGAUUCUUAUGCUAGCUGUACUCGGCCUCACCUUAUACUACGUAAAUGUAGGCGUUCCUCAAGGAUUCCGGUCCAGCAGAGCACCAAGAAAUAAUGACGUUGGUUCCGAUGGAGUAUGGGACACUAUGGAUGGAAAGGGAUACCAAUUUGAGGAGGAGAGCACCCAACUCCAAUUGGACCCUCGAUAUCAUCAACUCAACCAACUUCCAUCGUGUGGAGAUUUAUCAUCUACUUCUGUCCAACAAGACGUUAAAGAAGAGAACAUCCUAGUAACCCUUGGCGUUGGUCACGACACUCAAGCCGAAGAACGUCUUAAUCGAACCAUCCCAAAUACCAAAUUCUAUGGAGCCGACCCGAUAAUUGAGCCAAAUCGUCAAAUGUACUCUGCAUUUGGAAAAUUCUUUCCAUUUGCAAUUGGAAAACAGCCAGGAUUCACGAAAUUCAGAGUUCUACCUAAUCAAAGUCAAAAGACAAGAAGAUAUGUCUAUCAGGAUGUGACUACGAUUCCAUUUUUGUACUUUUUACAUGAUAUUUUGAAGUUAAAGAAAAUCGACUUCGCUUGGAUCGACAUCGAAGGCGGCGAAUUUGAAUUCCUUGAUAAAAUCCACGAAGACGUCAAAUUCUGUCAAUUCAACAUGGAAGUCCACUCGAGAUUCGCCCCAGCUGGCGCUCAGGUGUUCCACGACUUCAUUUUCCGCAUUCUGGAGCAGCAGAAGUAUGUCUUCUUGCAAUCCAUGAAUACAGGAGUGGGGGUACAUCGAAUGUUCUUUGUGAAUGUUGAGGAUAAGGAGUGCCUAGCUAAAUAUUUCAAUAAUUAUUAG